UGCUCACUGGUUAGCAGAAUGUGCCGUCUGGCCACUUUGAGAGAAGAGAAUUCUAGACCCAUGUGCAGAUGUGAAAGUGCACACUUUGAAAGCUGCCAAGGUAGAGAGAGUGGCUCCUGAGGGCAGGUAGGGAGUGUCUUGGUAUCCUUCAUGCUUUGACAGCGUGGUGCUGUCAGGGUUCUUGUCGCAGGCGUUACUGGAAGCCUGGCUCAGUGCCUUUACUCCACUGAAGUGGAGGCUGCUUUUCCCCUCAUCUGACACAGUGGUCAGGCAGCAGCGAAACCCAGGGCGCAGCACAUGGGACCUAGCAUUUGUUCCCACUGAUACGGCACAGGCUCACCUUCAGACUACCUCCUAUUUAAUUCUGUGCCAACCUCCAUAUCUGGAAUUGAUACAGAUUCUCUUAACGUUGCUUUAAAAUUGAUCUGCCGUGUAGGAGAGUUCAGGGCCUUUUUAAAUUUUUUUUUAAGUUAACAAGUUUUAAAUAUAUAUAUAUUCUGCAUAUGAGAAGAAAGGUAACAUUUGAUUUGUUUGGUAGAAGCCCUUUCUUUUUCUUUCUUUGGCUUGGGUGGACCCUGUUUGUAAUUAGCUUCUGAAUACAAAGAGAAUAUCAAGUGUCCAGUGCCGCUCCAGGAGGACCACUCUUCUGUCUCCGGACCCCAGCAUGAGCUAGCUCUGUACUUAGGAUGUGGUGAAAGGCUCUUGAUUGCCUUUCUUCUCUCUUCUUCCUUCAGCCCCAGGACUAGAAGUCUUCUGCCUGACGCCAGUUACCAGAGACAGCACCUGUGCCAAGGGUCUUUCCUGGAUUGCUUCUUUUUAUGCUCUCUGGCUGGUGUGGAGAAGCCUCGAGGGACUGGUUCAUGCUGUCCUCACGAGGAAGGGCCUCACCCCUGAGUCCACAGCUUCAGAUGCUGAGAUUACCAGGAAAUAGCCUCAGAGAAGAAUGCUGAGAUAAUAGGAACCUCGUGCUCCAGGAAAGAGUAUAUGCAGAAUUAACACAGCAGGAACGGAUUUCAUACACACCCCCAGAGAGUCCAGUGGCAAGCCACCGUUCCUCGACUCCGCUUCAUGUUCACACAGUGCCUCGAGCGCUCAGGAUGGAGGAAGACUCGAUCCCCCUGCCAACACACCUGCGUUUGCAGCCGAUUUACUGGAGCAGAGAUGACGUAGCCCAGUGGCUCAAGUGGGCAGAAAAUGAGUUUUCUUUAAGGCCCAUUGAGAGCAACAAGUUCGAAAUGAAUGGCAAGGCCCUCCUGCUGCUGACCAAAGAGGAUUUCCGCUACCGGUCUCCUCAUUCAGGCGACGUGCUCUAUGAACUCCUUCAGCAUAUCCUGAAGCAGAGGAAAUCUCGAAUGCUCUUCUCUCCAUUCUUCCCCCCUGGGGACUCUAUCCACACCAAGCCAGAGGUCCUCCUGCAUCAGAACCAUGACGAAGAUAACUGUGUCCAGAGGACACCCAGGACGCCAGCGGAGAGCGUGCACCACAACCCUCCCACCAUCGAACUCUUACAUCGCCCCAGGUCACCCAUCACCACAAACCACAGGCCUUCUCCUGACCCCGAACAGCAGCGGCCCCAGCGGUCCCCCCUAGACAACAUGAACCGCCGCCUCUCGCCAGUGGAGAAAACCCAGGGGCCAAGGCUACAGCAGGAGAACAACCACCAGGAGGCGUACCCCCUGUCAGUGUCUCCUGUAGAGAAUAACCACUGCCUGCCCUCAAGCCCCUGGCAGGAGAGCACUCGAGUCAUCCAGCUGAUGCCCAGCCCCAUCAUGCACCCUUUGAUCCUGAACCCCCGGCACUCGCACUCGGUGGACUUCAAACAGUCCCGGCACUCCGAGGAUGGGAUGAAUCGGGAAGGGAAGCCCAUCAACCUGUCUCAUCGGGAGGACCUGGCUUACUUGAACCACAUCAUGGUCUCUAUGUCCCCACCGGAAGAGCACGCCAUGCCCAUUGGGAGAAUAGCAGACUGUAGGCUGCUUUGGGAUUAUGUCUAUCAGUUGCUGUCUGACAGCCGGUACGAAAACUUCAUCCGAUGGGAGGACAAAGAAUCCAAAAUAUUCCGGAUAGUGGAUCCCAACGGACUGGCUCGACUCUGGGGAAACCACAAGAACAGAACAAACAUGACCUAUGAGAAAAUGUCCAGAGCCCUGCGCCACUACUACAAACUAAACAUUAUCAGGAAGGAGCCCGGACAAAGGCUUUUGUUCAGGUUCAUGAAAACCCCAGAUGAGAUCAUGAGUGGCCGGACAGACCGUCUAGAACACCUCGAGUCUCAAGUGCUGGAUGAACAAACGUACCAAGAGGAUGAACCUACCAUAGCCUCACCAGUAGGCUGGCCAAGAGGAAACCUGCCCACGGGGACCGCAGGAGGCGUAAUGGAAGCAGGCGAGCUAGGAGUGGCUGUAAAGGAAGAGACCCGGGAAUAGCAGGGACACUUCUCCUGCCGAUCAAGAGGGACCCAGAGCACCUUAGACAAGCCACCGAGCAAUGGCAGGGCUGAAGUUCUGGCGGAGGGCACAAGCCUGAGACUCACACGUCACGUUCGCUUCUCCUUCGGAUCUCUUGUCUGUAACCCUCACCCUCACCCUCACCCUUCCCCCGCACCUGUUGUAGUCUCAUGGUGUUUCUGGUUUUGUUUUUGUUUUUGUUUUUUAAGAACAUGCAGUUUGACUAUUCAUUGUUCAUACAGGGAAGACAUCACAUGUUGUUUUCCUAUGGAAAUAUAUCUAUUAUAUAUAUAUUAUUAAUUUUUUUGUUGUUGUUGCAAAUCUCACCGAGUACGGCCAGCUCGGCUGGUCAGGAAAGAGAAAACUUGCAGAAGGAAUCGGGUUCCUCUUUUUCCUGCCACGUAGAUCUGGUGUGUCCUGUCCAAGUCAGGUCUUAGAUGAGAAAGGAAAACAAAAUGAGAGAGAUACUUUCAAACAAUGGAAAAGAAGAGUUCUGUCUCCGUCUCCCUCUCUCGCCGCUCAUCCCCGCCCCUUUCUCCUUCCCCCAUCUCUGCCUGCUAUGCACUUCACAGGCCUUCCAUCAGAACUAGCCUCACUAGCACCCGAACUACACAGUGACCCGGCUGCUCUGACAGUCAGACCCCUUGGGCACCCAUCUGAGGAAGGCCAGACAUCCCCCUCCCAGCCCCCCCCCCAAAUGCUGCUGUAUUCUAGAAAGAACAAUAGUAGGAUCGAGCAUAAGAUAGGACAGAGGGUGGCCACAGGAUUUGCAAGGCCCAGGCAGUUUGGGAUUGUCCUGAAAGUGCUACAUAUUAGGAAAAUAUAAGAGACCACACAGGCCUGGUAGUUUAGGAGCAAGAACAGGUCACCAAGGUUGUCCCAAGACAUCAUGCCCUUGUGGGAUUGUCACCACCCCACACACACACUCCAAGUCCUAGCCUUUUUCUUCUAUGCUGGUCCUCACGGAACACAGAACACACAUGAGGGAGGUUGCUGGAAUUUAGUCUCAGGCUCAGCCGGUAUGUGCACAGCCGGAGCAGACAGGAAAUUCCUCAGAUUUAGACUUUUUUUUUCCGUCUGUCAUGGCUGUAUUUCAGGAGGACAUAUCUGUGGCUCUUCUCCACCUCGACAUAAGAUCAGACGUAUCUCCCAAGAUGAGGGUAAUGCUAUUCCUUAGGGUUUUUGAUAGCAGGGAUUUGAUUUUAUUUUAUUUAUUUAUUUAUUUUUUGGAUUUUUUUUUGAGACAGGGUUUUUCUGU